GCCUUCCCAAUUCAUUUUUAAGUAAGUUUCUAAAAUGAAAAUACUGUAUGGUUGCUUUACAUCUUACAAAAUGUACUUCUGCAAGGUGUGGAUUUCAGAAAGGAUAUCUGAUUAAUGGAUGUUGUUUGAUUCUAAUGCAUAUUAUGGCUUUAGAUUGGUUGUUUUUAACCUUUUAGUUCGAGCAAAUGCAUAGCAUAUGCUGGGACCAAGAUAAAUCAAGAGUUAACAGCAUGUAGAGUAAUAUUUAUUUAUUUCUAAAUCAGCUUGUUUUAAUGUAUUUUGCAUGCAAUCUUAAACAGUUGGAUUUGGGGCUUUUGCUACGGUUUGUGUUUGUCUUCGAUGGAUUCAGGUCAAAAUAAAAUACAGAAUCAGUUACAAGGAUUUUUAAAGAAGAUAAGAAGCCAAGAAAUACGAAAUAAAGUUGCUGUAUGGCAAAAAUAUUUAGCUAAUGCCUCAUCUAGAUUCAGAUUUGAAAGUUUCUCAAGUGGAGAUGACUGCACACCUAGCACAUCGGGCGUGAAUGAGAGUUACGGAACAAAUGACAAGACCGAAGUUGAGGAUGAAAAUUUAGCAGUUGAUGAUGUUUGUACCCCAAGUGACUCCGGGACUUGCAUAUUUGUUACUUCAAAGUCAAACCAAAUGGAGGAAGUCAUAAGUAAUGGAGAAAGAAAGGAAGAAGUGAAACUACUUCAUUCUCCUGAAGACAUUGUCCCUCGAAACAAAUCUCCAGUCCAGCAAUGGGUUGACUCACUGCCACUGGAGGAGACAGUCGAAAAAGUUGAAGAACCUGCUGUUCCUGUGGAACAACCUCCUCCUGAACAAGAGGCUGCUGACGCAGAAGUUGAAGGAUUCACUUUAGGAGCAGAAGCCGUAGGAGUCACCUGCCCUAGACCUUAUCCUUUCGUCCAUGUUACGAAUACUUGUGGUGGAAGCGAUGCGGGGAGCCACUGUUCCAGCAUGGAAUCGUUACUGGAGUCUAGAAAGCCGGACCCCGAGGAAAUCUUGUUAGAACUUGGAUUUGGUGGAGUCGAAGAAUCGGACACUGUCUCCAGGAUUCCAGCAAGAUUUCUGCAACCGUCGGCUCUCAAAGGCGUAGCUAUUGAGGAGUUCCUUAAGCACCAGCAGCUGCUAGUUGACACUUACGAAUCUGGGUUCAGCGGCUACAGGGGCCUCGCUGGUCCUUUCAACACCAUUCCGUCAGGGAUAGUGGGCAAAAUCAUGGAGAGGCUGCGAGAGGCAGAAGUGGGCAGGAAUAACAAUCAGCACCAUCGCCACGCCCACGCCUACCACAAUCACAAAUUCAAUCAGUCUGUGCUUUCCCCGGACAACAGGAAAUGGCUGGAAAGGCAGGGCGUGAGCCCAGAACCUGAAGGAAGGAGGAUCGUGUUGGGGGAAAAAACUUUUACCUUUGCGAAAGAUGGCGUUCUCAUUGAAGGAUCUUAUGAAAAAAAUGGUUUAAAAGUCGAUAUGGCACAAAAGACCCAGGACAAAGACAAAGGGGUUAAGGUUAAGAUGGCGAUGAAAUCCAAGGACAACCAAGGAACAGAAAAAACAGGCGGGCCUAAACUUGCUGAAAAGUUAGCAGCUAAUGGUCAAACUACUUCUAAUAUUCAUCACAAACUUUUCAGUUUGGAUAAUGAACAACUGGAGAUGGAAUAUAAAACUCUUGCUUUAUUGGCAAAUCAGUUGAAGGGCUCUGAUAUCCCAAUUGAUUUUGUACCCGAAGAUACUUUCUACAAACUGUCUUCUCAUGAGAGAAAACGGGUUGAGAGAGGUCUUGUCGAGAAUGCUCUUUACACCUACCAGAGGCGAUUGAAAGACUUAGACCUACGUGAUCACCUGAAAGAGUUUUUAUCAACUCAGGCGGACAAGGUAUCCAGCAAUCUUGGUCGCCGUGAUCCUGAGUGGAUAAACAUCAUCAGACAGAUGACCACAUUGCUUAGACAUCAAGAGACAUUAAGGCAGACAUUGAGGUUCACACGCAAUGGUAAGUCUUAAAGACUUGAAAGCAACACCAGUGUGGCUCUGAAGAUACAUUUUCUUAGGAGUUUCGAUAUAUCUUUCUUCGUGAGAAGGUUGAGCCUCUUGAAGAAGAUAGAUGGAUGCCAUUAGGCUGAGUAUCGUUGACACUACGCACGUGUUGAUAAGUCGUAUUGGCUAACAGAGUUUUAUGAAUUUUAUGUGUACAUUGCUGUAAUAUAACAUUUAAUGUUUAUUGCUUCAAAGAACAGACAUCAUGCCUGUUUUUUAAAAGAAAUCUCAUCUAUUUAAGAAACAGUUAGAUCAAAACCUAAAAUAUUAAAUUUGAAUUAUGGUU